CUGCUUUAGGUUCUCCACAAGAUAUAGCUGCCGUAAGAAAUCAGACUGCUCUUCAAAGCAUGAGGACUUCCCGAAUGAUACCUCAGAAUGCUAGUAUGAUGUCUUUGGGGGCUUCUCAGAACACUGCAGCAAUCUCUGCAACAGGUAGCCAGACUGAGAUGGGGAUGACUCCUUACAGCAGCCCAGUGACUGGCCAGCCAGGGAUGUACAGUAUGAACUCAGGAAUGAGCCAAAUGUUGCAGCACCCAAACCAAAAUAGUAUAAAUAUAACACACAAUCCAAGUCAGGGGCCAAGGCAGCCUAGCUCAACACAAGGAGUUGGCAUAGUCAGCAGCUUUGGUCCAAAUGUUUUAGUAAACUCUGCUGUAGCUCAACAACAUCAGCAAAUGAAAGGACCUGUGGGACAAGUUAUGACCAGAACACAAGCCCCCAGGCUUCAAAAUAUGAUGGGCCCAGUCCCACAAGGAACGGCAAACUGGCAGGCAAGAGGACUGCAAGGUAUCCCGGGAAGGACUAGCAAUGAAAUCGGACCUUUCAACAAUGGAUCUGCUUACUCAAUGCAAUCAAGUCAGCCAAGGCUGCCUAAGCAACAUUUUCCUCAAAGUGUUGGUCAAUCUAUAAUGGACACAAAUGGAACCGUACGGACACUGAACUCAGGUGUAGGGAGACAGAUGUUGCAACAACUCCCUGGACAACAAGGAACCAAUAAUCAAUCCAGAUCAAUGGUUAUGCCUACAAUAAGUCAGGCAGUUUCUUCUCUAACUGUUUUUAAUCAGUCAUCUGCACAACAAAUACCAGGAAGUAGCUUCACUCAGAGCAGCCAAGGUCAGAUCUAUGAGAGGAAUCCCACUCAAGACAUAUCUUAUAGCUAUAGCAGUGAAGGAACUGGAGGAUCUUUUCCAAAUAUAACUGAAAACUCUGAUCUUGUAGACUCCAUCAUUAAAAGUGGUCCAGGAGAUGAAUGGAUACAAGAACUUGAUGAACUGUUUGGAAAUCCAUAGCACAUGGAGAUGUUCAGUUCCAAUAUUUGUGGGGUCAAAAAAGGAAAGCAGGAUGAUGUCCAUCCUUGUUUCUUUGUUUUGUUUUUAAAGCUGUGCAAAGCUAGCUGAUCUGUGAAGGCAUAAUUGGAAUUUGAAGCAAUGACAAAAAGUCCUUGCCAACUUCCCACGGCAGUCUCCAUGCCAUAGCGUAUCUGCUGCAGGUCAGAAUGAGAAUGAGAGAGAGAAAGAGAGAGAGAGAGACUGAGAGAGCGAGAGAAAGAAAAGCUCAAAAAGUGCUGCUUUCUGCCUAUGGGCCACAGAAAGUGUCAGGCAGUUCCCAUGUGCCACAGCACUGGCUGUCCUAUAACAAUGCACUUUGUAUGCAGUUCUCUAAGAGCUGUUGUAGUUUUCAGGAUACAGAACAGGCGGCUUCUGAGAUAAAGCAGGAGAAUCAAAGGUAGGCGGACUGUACAAGUGACAAAUACAAAGAUCUUAACUCUGAAUUUAAUAAAUACCAAGCUUUUCCAUGCAAUGUGUGUAAUCUGAUAGAGAAUUACAUAAAGGUUGUUUGAAUGUGGUGAUGACAAUGAUACCAGAGCUGAAGGAGUUCAGUCAGUGCCCUAUCAAUGCUUCUUAAGGUGCAUGAUGGAUUCUAGUAAAAGAGUUUAUCUUUUCUCUAUUGUCCAUUUCCUGCAUAAUCAAAUGAUUCCUGACUCAUUAUCUUUACGUGUGAGGAAAAACACAGUGUAGGACAAGCAGGAUUGUAUAAUAAUUGUAUUACUCACUGGCUGCCUCCAAAGAUAGUGAUGCUAUACAAAAGUAAUUGGAAAAAGGGAGAUAGGUCUAAGGAAAUGAAAUUAUUGAUAUGGAGUGUGUUCUUUUUCUGAACAUACAGGAUAAAGUGAGGUUGCGCUAUACAAACUGUUGGCUUGAUCUUCCAAAGACAUCAGGAGAAUCAAGGAGCAACUGCUCUUAAGACCACACAGAUAGGGGCCAAUAACUGUAUUGGCUGUCAUAUAUAGUACACUGAGCACCCCUAUCAAAACACCCUUGACAGAUUGAGAGUGAGUUUAUGGUCUAUGUUCUUCAAACACAUGCCCUCUUUUCUACACUUCCUACUUUCUACAAGCCCUAAGCUCUUUAAAAUGAUGACUAAGCUGAUCAACGAAAAACAAUUUUUUUAAAAAAAAUUAAAAUCCAUUGAUGUAAUUUUAGUAGCAGUUGUAUAUAAGCAUUUGACAUUGCAAAUAUUUUUCAUAGACUUGUGCAAUUUGAAGUACUAGAAUUUAACUGCAAUUCUUUUAGGUCCUUUUAAGAGUUUAGAUUGGCAUUAUUUGUAACAUUGGAAAUUGAAUGUGUGACCACCUAUCUGUAAGUUGAACGUGGGGUUCAUGUUAAAUACAUCCACAUAGAGAGCAUUCUCAGGGUCUGAUUUAUAUGUUUCUCUUACAUACAAUUUUCCAUCUGAGCUGUUUUGUUUUUAGAGAUAACAUUUUUUGGUAGAGUAGCAGCAGAUAGUGAGGGGACUUUACUAUUUCUGCAGCCAUUCAUUCUCUGGUUCAUGACAUUCUCUGAUUGUAUCUCUUACACAUUUGCAGGAUAAGAUUACCAUGCAUAUUGGAAGAAAUGUUUCAGAAGGCUCAAAAAGCAUGCAGAGAAACACUGAACACCUCAUUUAUCCAUAAUUUCCCUCCUCUAGAAACAGCUUUUCCUGAAAAAUGAAGGAGGGAGGCAGGGUUUUAGUUACGUGUUAUACUUAAAGUAUAUUUAGCCCAUUUGUGUUGGGAUAUAAGAUUUAAAUGGAAUGGGUCUAAAAUUCCUGUACAC